AUAUUAUUUAUUCUAAAUUUAUCUGAAAUUGUAUUCGUAGAUUAAAUAUAUCAAAUAUCCGGAAAGUAGCUGUAAAAACAAGAACAAUGUCAUUGACAUUGCUUAUCAGCUAAAAUAACUUGAUUUUUUUAACGAGGCAAUUCACACUUUGACAAUACCGACAUUUGGUUGAUAACGGUCUAAAAUAAUUAAUACUGAUACAUUUAAUAUUUUGGACGCCUGUUCUGUUCUUAUUAAAAAAUAUUGUGUAUGAGUGAUUUUUAAAUGAUCAUUAUUUUCUAAAAAUGAUUUUUCUUUUUAUAGUCAGUCUUUUAAUUUUUUUUGUAAUCUGUCGUGAAUAUCAAAGAAAAUCUAGCCUCCGUUGGAAAAAACUACAAGCAUUCCCAGGUGAUAAGCCUUUGCCCUUGAUUGGAAAUAGCCUUCAACUUGGAUUUGAUUCCGAUGAGGUUUCUCAGAAGUUAAUGGCGAUGUGGGAGAGACACGGGAAACAAAAUUUCCGUGUGUCGGUGGGCUCUGAAGACUGGAUAAUGAUAUCAGAUCCCGAUGAUGUGGGGGCACUUCUAAAUCAUCCAAGUGAACUUUCGAAACCAUUGGAAAGAAAUACAGCAAUAAAACCAUUUUUUGGAAAUUCUGUGUCAUCAUCGGAUGGUGAAAGAUGGAAAUCGACGAGAAAAUUGAUGACGCCUAGUUUUCAUUUCAAAACAUUGGAAAAGCGUGUUAUGGAUAUAAACAACCACUGUGAUAAUUUGUUUAACAUCUUAGACGUCUUUCAAGGGAGAAGCUCCGUAAAUUUAUAUACUUAUCUAAGACCUUACAUGUUUGAUAUUUUAUGCAGUACACUUAUGGGAGUUGAUAGUAAUUUCCUUAAUAAUCUAGACCAUCCAUACUUAGAAGCGAAUGGAGAGGUUGUAAACAUAAUUACCCAAAAUUAUUUCUCGUAUUGGAGAAAUAUUCCUACAUUUUUUAAGAUAUCACCGCAGUAUCGCAGAAUGAUGAAAACUGUUAAGACCAUUAUAGACACAAGCACCGCCAUUCUGAAUCAGAGAAAAAAAAAAUUAAAUAAAAUUAAAGAAGCGAUGGAUCCAGAUCAUAAAAUUUCUGAUAUAGAAAUUAUUACUCUCUUGAAUAAGAAAGCAGAUGAUGAUGGAUGUAUGCUAGACAAAUUUUUACUAAACAAAUUAUCCAAUGGAAAUCCGAUUCCAGAUGAUAUAAUUGAAGAGGAAAUAUCACUAAUCUGUUUUACAGGACAUUAUACUACAACAUUGACGAUUUGUCAUACAUUAUAUUAUGUGGCAAAAUAUCCAGAAAUACAAAACCGAAUUAUUGAAGAACAGCAGUGUAUAUUUAAGAAUGAUAUGUCAAAGAAGCCUACUCAUAAAAAUCUUAAUGAUAUGAAGUAUCUCGAGGCCGUGAUAAAGGAAAGUAUGCGGGUACUGCCACCAGUGACUAAAAUCGGAAGACAAUUGAAGAAGGACUUUCGAUUCGAUGAUGGUCGAAUCGCACCCGCGGGAAGUUCAGUCAUAGUUUUUUUCGAAGCCAUGUAUCAAAAUCCAAAUAUAUUUCCUGAACCGGAAAAAUUUGAUCCUGAAAGAUUUUUCAACAGUAUGCAUUUAUUUUCCUUUGUACCAUUUAGUGCCGGACCAAGAAACUGUUUAGGUUUUCGUUACGCUUGGGUGGCCAUGAAAGCAACACUAUCCAACAUGUUACGAAGGUAUGAAGUAGUCCCUUGUGAUCCUGCUGACGAACCACAAUUUGCAUAUCGUAUACUUACAGAAUCAAAAAACGGAAUUCAUCUUAAGCUUAAAAAAAGAUAUUUUAAUUAAAAUGAAACAAAAUAUGUUUAAUAAGGGUUAUUUAUGUGUAUUGUGUUUUUCAAUUUUAGUCGUAAUUUAUAAAAUUUGGAUACACCUAUCGUACCCAGAAUUUA